GAAAGACUUGGCUUUGAUAAUUCAAAUUAAACAGAGGGAGUAGUAAACUUAAACUUAUCUAUUAAUUUCAGAUCUAGACUUUGAUAAACUAAUUGAAAGUUCACAUUUGCAGAUCUAACAAUAAGUGAAUUAGGUUCUUCAACAUUUGCUGCUUGCUUUUACUCACUCAAUUUCCCCAAUAUAAGUGUUGUAAAUCUGCAACAAGGCAAACUAUCAUUUGAGAGGAAUCAUUAGCUUGGAAGUAAACAAAAAGUUGAAAAAUCAAUUCUUUAGAAAUUGAAGGCUGGUUCGAGGUUGGAGAUUCAAUGGAAAAAGAAGGAAAGCCAUCGGAGCUGCGACUUGAGGAAAAAAGAAGAAGAAUCAGGAAUCUUAUUGAUGAUUUGUUGAAUGGCUUGAAGAAAAUAGAGAAUGAAGAAGAAGUAUGCAGUUCUUUCAUUUAUUCAAAAUGGGGUGUGAUUAAGCCAAGAAUAAGUUAUUUCAUAUGGGAUGUCAUUAAAAAGCUAAGAAUGAAUCUGAGAUUCCUAAGAACGUUUGUCCUAUUUGGGAAUUCCAGUUUUGACCAUAACUUUUAUGAGUGGAUGUCCAAGAAAAUAAACACGUUCAGUGUUAUGACUCAGGCACUUUUCUGUCAAGUUAAUGAAGUAAUUCUAGAGAAACACAACAUGGAUAGUCUUGUCCCUCUGCUUCUGGAAGAGAUGGAAAGUUAUUUACGUUUGAAGAAUAGUAAUUAUGUAGCAAUGAUCACAGAGGAGAAAAUGUUUGAAUACCUCUUCACAAACCUCCAUGAUCUACCAAACUAUUCUUCUGAUAUGUUUGAAUAUCUCCGUUGUCGAACUGACUACAAUAUUUUUCGCCAAGUAUUCCGUCGUCUGACAGAUUUCUAUCCUAUCCUCCUCGCCAACAAAACAACUACUACUCAAUAUCUCUUUCCUCGCUUCCAAUUCAUUGCUCAGACAGUUAUGCAAUUCUAUUUUGAUAUUUGGACUGAAAAGUAUAAACUACGUUAUGGUGAUGAUGCGUGCGCUUCCAAGAUCACUUCUCUACUCAUCGACAUAAUCCCUCUUGAGCUUGAGGUUCUAGACAUUUCUACUUCUAACCUCAUCAAAGAAUCAACGUCAAGAGAACUAAAACGGUUUGUCAAGCAAAUCGUAAAAUCAUCUCCAAGGAUUCUUCAAAAUUGUCUCAUUCAUCUCCAAGGACGCAUGGCUGGUGCUGUCAAUUAUGCUCCAACUCAAAGCAUUAAUGUCAUGAUCGAGUUCCUAUUGAUCUUUCUCACAGAUAUACCAAAGCGCUUUAUCCAUCCUGACAAAUUGAACGAUAUGUUGGCACAUGUCGGACUACUUGCAAGGAAGAUAUCUAUUCUGAUGGAGGAGAGCUCUGAGAAUAAUAUCAAUGAAGCGGACUUUACAGCUCCAGACUUGUUGCAAGAAAUCGAACGAAUGAAGGGAGAUAUCAAACAAAAUUUUUUGAAAGCCCCGGAGUCAUCUCAACUUCGCUUUCCUAUGGAUGAUGGUUUCCUCUUCAUGAAUCUUCUGCUCAGACAUUUAAAUGAUUUGCUCAUUUCCAAUGCUUAUUCAGUUUCUCUCAUAAAGAAAGAAAUUGGGAUGGUAAAAGAAAGCCUUGAAUUCAUAAGAUCAUCUUUCAAGAAAGUCAGGCAAAUAUUGGAUGACUGUACUAGUGGAGUAGUUAAAGAUUGUUGGUUGCGUGCUUUAGAUGUGGCAUAUGAGGCAGAACAUGUCAUUAAUUCCAUUCUUGUCAGAGAUAAAGCUCUCUCACAUCUCCUCUUCUCACUUCCGAAUGUCACUGAUAAGAUCAAGCUUAUCGUGGCAGAAGUCACAUGUUUACAGCUGGAAGAUAAGAAUGGGGAUGACCCCCUUGAUGCAAAGUCUUCCGACAAGCCAAUUGAGUCAACCUCAUCAUCUUUUGUUGAGGUAACAGUUGGUCAUGAAGAAGAUGAAGCCAAGAUGAUUGACCAGCUCCUUGAUAAACAUGAAUCCGAGCUUGAUGUCAUUUCCAUUGUCGGAAUGCCAGGACUCGGUAAAACUACUCUGGCCAAAAAAGUGUAUAACAAUAUGUUAGUUGCUAGUCAUUUCAAUGUUCGUGCUUGGUGCACUGUUUCCCAAAAGUAUAACAAGUCAAAGGUGUUGCUGGAGAUUCUUCAGCAAGUUACUGGCUUGGGAGGAAAAGAAAGUGAGGAUGACCUUGCUGAAAAGCUACGAGUAGCACUGUACGACAAAAGGUACCUCAUCGUCUUGGAUGAUGUGUGGGAUAUUGCAACAGGGGAGAUGUUAAUAGCAUGUUUUCCAAAGGUUGAGAGAGGAAAUAGAGUUAUCUUAACUAGCCGAAGUAGUGAGGUAGGUUUGAAAGUUAAAUGCCGUAGUGAUCUUCUCCGCCUUCAACUUUUAACACAUGGAAAAAGUUGGGAGUUAUUCGAAAAAAUGGUAUUUGGAGAAGGAAGCUGCCCUGCUGAACUGUUGGAUGUUGGACACCAAAUAGUUGAGAAAUGUCAAGGGCUUCCUUUGGCUGUUGUUUUGAUUGCUGGAGUAAUUGUUAGAGGAAAGAAAAAGGAAAAGGAUUUGUGGCUUAAAAUUCAACAUAAUCUGGAUUCCUUUGUUUCUGCCAACAACAAUUUAGAGAUUAUGCAAUUAAGUUAUGACCGUUUACCAUACCACCUAAAGCCGUUGUUGCUUUACUUUGCAAGAUGGCGAAAGAGCAAACGAACUCAAGUCUCUAAGUUGAUGCAGUUGUGGAUGGCUGAAGGGUUGGUGGAUCAUGAUAUCCCAUCCAAGUGUAGUUUAGAGGAAGCAACUCAAAGUUACUUGGAUGCUUUAAUUUCCAGUAACUUGAUAAUGGUGGAUCAUAUCCUCACCAACAAGAGUAACUUUUUUUCUGUUAGGAUCAAGGUUUGCUAUGUGCAUGAUGUUGUGCACGAUUUUUGUUCAGUAAAAGCAAAAAAGGAAAAGUUUCUCAAGUUAAUCAAUCCAGGUGCUCGAUUUCAUGCUUCUGAUUUCCUACACCAUCGUCUAACCAUUCAUACUGAGGAGGGCCAACUCCACAAAAAAUGUGUUUUGUUCAAUUCUAAACAGUGUUCAGCUGGUAGUAAGCAUCUCAUAUCUUUGAAAGUUAGCGGUUCGCUUCUUAACUCCAGGUAUGUCUGUCACACAAGACCCUUUGGACUUGUUAGAGUGUUGCAACUGAAUAGCAUUGUUUUGGAUGAUUCUUUAAUGGAAGAAAUAGGGUCCCUAUUUCAUUUGAGGUUCUUAAGGAUUCAUACUCAAGAUGUAAAAGCUAUCCCAGUGUCGUGGUUGAACCUCCAGAAUUUGGAAACUCUGUUGAUCAAUACAGAAUAUACAGAAUAUACCAUGGUACUACUGCCCAGAAUAUUAAAACUGUCAAAGCUGAAACAUGUGAAAAUUGAUAGGAGUUGUUUCUUUGAAGAGGAAGAGGAGGAGGACAAUAUCCAAAGUAGAAUAUUGGAAGGUGAAAAUUCAAAGCUGACAACUUUAUCCCAUGUUGAUAUCUCAUAUUCUGAAGGCACGAAUGAUGCUCUGAAGAAGUUCCCAAAUCUUCAGCACCUUCAGUGCACCAUCAUGGUACCCAAGGAUCCUCCUACACACGGCAAUUGGUUUCCCAAGUUUGAUGUCCUUAACAAACUUGAAUCAAUAUUUGUAGAAUACCCAUGGAAUUAUUAUGUUUAUCCCAAUGAAUAUCACUUCCCUAGCAGCUUGAAAGAGUUACGGUUGUAUUGGUUUACUAUGACGCCUGCUUUGUUGUCGGCAAUCACGGCAUUGCCUCAGCUUGAAAUUCUGGCGAUUAUGUACUCUUUUUUCGUUGAGGAUAAGUGGUAUGCAAGAGAGGACUUCUAUCAAAGUCUUAAGACUUUGAGUUUGCAAAUGGUCAACCUUUCAGAAUGGGAAGUUGAUAGGGAAACUUUUCCCAAGCUUGAGGAAUUAAUACUAGUACAUUGUGAGGAGUUUAUGGAGAUCCCUUGUGCAUUUGCGGAUAUAGAAACUUUAAAGUCCAUUCAUUUAAUGAGUAUGAACCGUGAGAUUGAAGAUUCAGCCAUUGAGAUUAAGAAACAGAUAAUAGAUUUCUCAGGAGAGGACAGACUUCAAGUCCAUUUAUCAGGUGUGUUGUAUGAAUUAGAAGCUGAAGAAGAGGAUGAAACAGAGAAUGCCCAAAGGACACAAGGAUAGAACAACAAUGAAGAAAGAAAUAGCGCGUUUGCAUUUGCAGUCUCGGUUCAUCUGUGUGGUUCUGGAGAUGUUCAAAAUUAAUGUUUUGAGAGUUUUCUUUCAUGUUUUUUUGUUAGUUAUGAAUCUUAUUUCGUAUCUAAUCUCUGAUAUAAGAUUCUAAUUUUUUGUUAACCUGAAGGAUUGUGACUUUUGUGAAGAGUUGUGAUUUUUAUGAAAAAUAAGUUUGUGAUUUUUACGAAGAGUUAUGACUUUUCACUUUUCUUAAAAGAGUUGUGACUUUUCGAUAAGGCACUAUAAACACAU